AUGGCCUCACAAGUCUUGGUCUACCCACCGUAUAUUUAUCAAACCCAGUCAAGUGCCUUUUGUAGUGUGAAGAAACUCAAAGUAGAGCCAAGCAGUUGUGUAUUCCAGGAAAGAAACUAUCCACGGACCUAUGUGAAUGGUAGAAACGUUGGAAAUUCUCAUCCUCCCACGAAGGGUAGUGCUUUUCAGACAAAGAUACCAUUUAACAGACCUCGGGGACACAACCUUUCAUUGCAGACAAGUGCUGUUGUUAUAAAAAACACUGCGGGUGCUACAAAGGUUAUAGCAGCUCAGGCGCCGCAAACUCAAGUGGAGGCACCUCAGAUUGGGGCGUGGCGGCACAGGUUCAGUUUCCUAGAAGGCCCCCAGCGAUGUGGAUUGAAGCGCAAGAGUGAGGAGUUGGAUAAUCAGAGCAGCGCAAUGCAGAUUGUCGAUGAGGUGUCCAUACUUCCUGCAAUGUUGCAAACCAACAUGGGGAACCCAGUGACAGUUGUGACAGCCACCACAGGAACCAAGCAGAACUGUACCACUGGAGAAGGUGACUAUCAGUUAGUACAACAUGAAGUCUUGUGCUCCAUGAAAAAUACUUACGAAGUCCUUGAUUUCCUUGGUCGAGGCACUUUUGGCCAGGUAGUCAAAUGCUGGAAAAGAGGGACAAAUGAAAUUGUAGCAAUCAAAAUUUUGAAGAACCACCCUUCGUAUGCACGUCAGGGUCAGAUAGAAGUGAGCAUAUUAGCAAGGCUCAGUACUGAAAAUGCUGAUGAAUAUAACUUUGUACGCGCUUACGAAUGCUUUCAGCACCGUAACCAUACUUGUUUAGUCUUUGAGAUGCUGGAACAAAACUUAUAUGACUUUCUGAAACAGAAUAAGUUCAGUCCCCUGCCACUAAAAGUCAUUCGACCCAUUCUUCAGCAAGUGGCUACUGCACUGAAAAAAUUGAAAAGUCUUGGAUUAAUUCACGCAGACCUCAAACCAGAGAAUAUUAUGUUGGUGGAUCCUGUUCGACAGCCAUACAGGGUUAAAGUAAUAGACUUUGGGUCAGCCAGUCACGUGUCAAAGACUGUUUGUUCAACAUAUCUGCAAUCUCGGUACUACAGAGCUCCAGAGAUUAUAUUGGGGUUGCCGUUUUGUGAAGCCAUAGACAUGUGGUCACUGGGAUGCGUGAUUGCAGAGUUAUUCCUUGGAUGGCCUCUCUACCCGGGAGCCUUGGAGUACGACCAGAUUCGAUACAUUUCUCAGACUCAAGGUUUACCAGGAGAACAGUUGUUAAAUGUGGGUACAAAAUCCACAAGAUUUUUUUGCAGAGAAACAGAUCUCUGCCAUUCUGGUUGGAGAUUAAAGACACUGGAAGAACAUGAGGCAGAGACAGGAAUGAAGUCUAAAGAAGCCAGAAAGUACAUAUUCAACAGUCUGGAUGAUAUAGUGCAUGUGAACACAGUGAUGGAUUUGGAAGGAAGUGAUCUUUUGGCUGAGAAAGCUGAUAGAAGAGAGUUUGUUGGUCUGUUGAAAAAAAUGUUGCUGAUUGACGCAGAUUUAAGAAUUACUCCAGCUGAGACUUUGAACCAUGCUUUUGUUAAUAUGAAGCAUCUUCUUGAUUUCCCUCAUAGCAACCAUGUAAAGUCCUGUUUUCAUAUUAUGGAUAUUUGUAAGUCCCAUCCAAAUUCAUGUGAUGCAAAUAAUCACAAUAAAACUUCACUUUUAAGACCAGUUGCUCCAAGCAGUACUACUAAUUUGGCAGCAAAUUUUACUAAAAUUGGCACAUUAAGAAGUCAGGCAUUAACCACAUCUGCUCAUUCAGUUGUGCACCACGGGAUUCCUCUGCAGGCUGGAACCGCUCAUUUUGGUUGUGGUGAUGCUUUUCAGCAGACACUGAUUAUCUGUCCCCCAGCUAUUCAAGGUAUUCCUGCGACACAUGGUAAACCCACUAGUUAUUCCAUAAGGGUGGAUAAUGCCAUUCCCCUUGUAACUCAGGCCCCAGCUGUGCAGCCACUGCAGAUCCGACCAGGAGUUCUUUCUCAGACGUGGUCCGGUAGGACACAGCAGAUGUUGAUACCUGCCUGGCAACAGGUAACACCCCUGGCUCCUGCUACUACUGCAUUAUCUUCGGAGGGUGUGGCUGGUUCACAAAGGCUCGGAGACUGGGGGAAGAUGAUUUCACACGGCAAUCAUUAUAGCUCAGUGAUGCCACAACCUCUUCUAACUAAUCAGAUCACUUUAUCGGCCCCUCAGCCAAUUAGUGUCAGCAUUGCACAUGUUGUUUGGCCUCAGCCAGCCACUACCAAGAAAAAUAAACUGUGCCAGAACAGGAGUAAUUCAUUGCAGAAUACCAAUAUCCCACAAUCAGCAUUUAUUUCCCCAAAGACAGUAGCUGGGAAAGAUGUCGAGGAAGUAAGUUGUAUAGAAACACAGGACAAUCGUAACUCAGAAGGAGAGGCAAGAAAUUGUUGUGACACAUCCAUCAGGCAGGACUCUGAUUCAUCAGUUUCAGAUAAACAGCGACAAACCAUCAUCAUUGCUGACUCCCCGAGUCCUGCGGUGAGCGUGAUCACCAUCAGCAGCGACACCGAUGAGGAAGAGGCGUCCUCGCAGAGACAUUCACUCCGAGAAUGCAAAGGUAAUCUGGACUGUGAAGCUUGCCAGAGCACUUUGAACAUCGAUCGGAUGUGUUCAUUAAGUAGCCCAGAUAGUACUCUGAGCACCAGCUCCUCGGGGCAGUCCAGUCCAUCCCCUUGCAAGAGACCAAACAGUAUGUCAGAUGAAGAACAAGAAAGUGGCUGUGAUACUGUGGAUGGCUCUCCAACAUCAGAUUCUUCAGGACAUGACAGUCCAUUUGCAGAGAGCAGUUUUGUGGAGGACACUCAUCAGAAUGCAGAAUUGGUAACUUCUACUAACACAGAAACCAAACCAACUGUUUGUACUGUUGUGGUGCCACCAAUGGGACUGGAAAAUGGAUUAAAUGCCGAUGAGCAUAUGGCAAACACAGAUUCUAUAUGCCAGCCAUUAAUAAAAGGACGAUCUGCCCCUGGAAGAUUAAACCAGCCUUCCACAGUUGGUAAUCGUCAGCAAAAAUUGACAUCAGCAUUCCAACAGCAGCAUUUGAAUUUUAGUCAGGUUCAGCACUUUGGGUCUGGGCAUCAGGAGUGGAAUGGAAACUUCGGACACCGAAGGCAGCAAGCUUAUAUCCCUACUAGCGUUACCAGUAAUCCUUUCACUCUUUCUCAUGGAAGUCCUAAUCACACCGCUGUGCACGCCCAUCUGGCUGCAAGCACGCACCUCGGAGGACAGCCUGCUCUACUUCCAUACCCGUCAUCAGCUGCCCUCAGUGCUGCACCUGUGGCCCACCUCUUAGCCUCUCCAUGUACCUCAAGGCCUGUGUUACAGCAUCCGACUUACAAUAUCUCCCAUCCCAGUGGCAUAGUUCACCAAGUCCCAGUGGGCAUAAACCCCCGUCUGUUACCAUCCCCAACCAUUCAUCAGACUCAGUACAAACCAAUCUUCCCACCACAUUCUUACAUUGCAGCAUCACCUGCAUAUACUGGAUUUCCAUUGAGUCCAACCAAACUCAGCCAGUAUCCAUAUAUGUGA